AUGGCCGACUCAUCACUGACAAACGGGCAGGAUGCCUUGGAGGAGAAACUCGGUCGUUUAUCGAAGAAACCUGGUGUGAAAGCGAGCAUCGUCCUCGACCGAGCUACUGGCACAAUCCUCAAAACCAGCGGACAAGUUGACGCCCUCCAGACUUCCAAGUCUCGAACCACUUCGACUGCGACAUCAUUUACAAACGACGUUCCGGCGCUAGAGGAGAGCGAAACGCGAGGGGUCGAGCAGUUCGCGGCGAUCGUCUGGAACUACGUGAACAGCUCUGGAAGCUUGGUUCAGGAGCUGGACGGUGAGGAUGAGGUGAAGCUUCUACGGUUACGAACAAGGAAGCAAGAGUUGGUCAUUGUACCGGAUGCUAAGUAUCUGCUUGUGGUUGUGCAUGACACACCUCCAGCUUGA